AUGGCCAAUGCUAUGAAACACGGCGUGUUUCGACGCAACAACACGGCGGCUCCAGCGGGCAGCGCCGUCAUGCCGCUCUUUUCCCUGGCGGGGAAGACGGCCAUCGUGGCCGGCGCCGGGCAGGGUAUCGGCUUCGCGGCCGCCGAAGCCUUUGCCGAGGCGGGCGCCAACGUCGCCCUCUGGUACAACCGCAACAGCGAAGCCGUCACCAAGGCUGCAAAGAUGGAAGCAAAUUACGGCGUGAAAUGCAAGGCUCACAAAGUCGACGUCACUUCGUACGACGAGGUGGAACGCGCGGUGAGCAGCGCAGUUCAGGAUCUCAACGGCCGUCUGGACGUCUUUGUCGCCAACUCUGGCAUCUCGUGGGGCGACGAGGCCUUUCUGGACGCGAGCGUCGCACGGUACCACGGACUGAUGAGCAUCAACACGGACGGCGUCGCGUACUGCGCGCAUGUGGCCGGCCAGCACUUUCGCAGGCAGAAACUGGAGGGCAUAACGACGCACGGGACCAAGCUGGAGGACUUUGCCAAUGGCAGCUUCAUCGCCAAGGCGAGCAUGUCUGGCCACAUUGUCAACAUCCCGAGGCAGCAGGCCGUCUACAAUACGUCCAAGGCCGCCAUCAUUCACCUCUGCAAGUCUCUUGCUAUUGAAUGGCUGGGCUUUGCGCGCGUCAACAGCGUAUCCCCUGGCUUCUUCAACACAGGCAUUUCCGGUCCCAUCGCAGAAGAAGUCAUGAGCGCCAUUAUGGAUAAAGUCCCGAUGGGGCGAUUCGGCGAAACGGUCGAGUUGAAAGCAGUCUAUCUUUUCCUCGCUUCGAAUGCUUCGUCGUAUGUGACUGGAACGGACAUUCUGGUGGAUGGUGGCUACACGGCAACUUAG